UUUGUUAACAUAUUUUGAAAGCAUUUCCUGUUUUUUCCCCCCAUCUCAUUUUUCUUUCCUUUUCAACUCGUAGCCAGAUUUUGGGUUUUAACUCGCACUGUAUCAGCAGGUAAAGCUAGAGAUUCCAUCUGGAAAUCUCAGAAGCAACAACAUGAGCAACAACCUCUACGAAAAUGUUUCCUAUGAAAAUUACUCUGAACAGGUCUAUGACAAUGACAGCGAUACUGGUUUCUCUGAGGAAUUAAGGAAAGCCAUUCAUGGAACGGUGGUCGUGCUCUAUUGCCUGACCUGCAUCCUUGGAGUUCCUGGAAAUGCCCUCGUAUUGUGGAUUGCUGGUGUGAAAAUGAAAAAGACCGUCAACACCAUCUGGUUCCUGAACCUGGCCAUCGCUGACCUCCUGUGCUGCCUGUCCAUACCGUUUACUGUGGCUGAAAUCUUUUUAGAAACUCACUGGCCAUAUGGAGGGACUAUGUGCAAAGUCCUACCUGCUAUCAUCGUAGUCAACAUGUUCGCCAGCAUCUUCACCCUAAACUUCAUCAGCUUGGAUCGGUUCAUUCAGGUUGUUAAACCUGUUUGGUCUCAAAAUAAUCGUACGCUUGGGUUGGCAUGGGGAUGCUGUGCCAUGGCAUGGACAUUGGCCAUACUCCUCAGCCUGCCGUCUAUGAUCCUACGAAAAAUGGUAACCAUUGAGGAAUUUAACAUGACCCUCUGCACGUUCAGUAACAUAAAUACCACCGAAGUUUUUUUCAACAUUGACGAAGGUGCCUCUUACGAGGCACUAACCAUGACCCGGUUUGUCUUCGGUUUUCUCAUACCCCUUGUGUGCAUCGUGUUUUGCUACACCUGUAUCGCCCGGAAGGUUAUGAGCAGCCAUUUUCAUGCAGGUAGAGCAUUCCGUAUCAUGCUUGCUGUUGUGUUGGCAUUUUUUCUCUCCUGGUUUCCCUACCAUGUGGUGGCACUGGUAGAAAUUUAUGGUGGAAAACAGGAUGCCAUGCUGGCUAAAGGAAUUGAUCCUUUGGUUAUCUCUUUGGCAUAUGUAAACAGCUGCAUGAACCCGAUACUGUACGUGUUUAUGGGACAGGACUUUAAAGAGAAAAUUAAACUCUCUUUGAGACGAAUCUUCGAGAAGGCUUUUAGUGAAGAUACACAAUUGUCCAUGAGCUCCAAAGGACAGCAGUCACGCUGCACCAACUCCUCAGUUGCCCAGCUGUGAUAUUGACAUUGAGCUGGAGCGUGUUUAGGGCCAAAAUAUACUUGCUGUUGUUAAACCAUGCAUUCGUGUAGACAGGUGGUAACAUUGUACGCAUACUGUACCUUCCUUAUAUACUAUGCAUGUCGCAGGAGGGUUCAAUUAGACAGUUUUGCAUGUAAACAAACAUGAAGACGCGCACAAGAGAUGUAGGAAACACGAGGCUGCCAUCAUGCAUGCACAUUCAUUUAGUUAACAGCAAGUAUAUUUCAACAUUGAAGUUGAGUAAAUUAUGAAUGUAUUGAAUCACUUUUAACCAUGGCACUUUGUUAACUUGUGUAGUGCGUCACCUUUGUAAUAAUAAUAGACCUUAAGGGAAAAAAAAAAUCUUUUCUGUACUAUUUGCACGUUAAUUCAUAUGAUUAACAUUAUCAUAAUUAACAUAAUCAUCAAUGACCUGAUGAUCUCAGUAUGUACAGUUCUAACAGAAAACAUCUGACGGUGAAUCCUUAUCGCUUGCGUUUGUUAAAUUGUAUACUCAUAAAAAACAAUAUUGUGACAUUAGAGCAGCAAAAAACUUACAGUAAUAAACUGUCCACUUUAAUAGGAACUCCUGCACACCUGCUUCUUUGUGCAGUUAUUCUGUGUAAACCCUGAAAUAAAAAUCCCAUGAGAUCAGCAGUUUCUGUAAGACUUAACCCAGAUCAUCUGGCACCAACAACUGGUUUGUGCUGUGAACAUAUUUAAGCUUAAACUCUUCAUUAUUUUCUGCAUUGUGGUGAGUACAGGUGUUCCUAUUAAAGUGGAAGUAAGUGUAAAUGUAGUUAUUGUCUGAGGAUGUAGUUUUUCUUUAAACGUGAUUUCUUUGGACAUUUUUCUGUCCUUUAUCAUUUCUUUAGGAUUUACAAUUAACAUUAUUGUUAGAUUACAGUAAGUAUAGUUACAGUAAGUAUACUUUCUUUCGGCUGCUCACAUCACACGGACUCCAUAGCAGACAAUCUAGCCAUUCUUGACACAGGGCUCCCAUUUUUCUAACUGGGCCUGGGAUCGGCACUGCGUGUAGUCGUGAUUUGAGCUCUUAUAUAUAUAUGCAUUCAAGUCAAACUGGGACAAAGUGUCCCACCUUUUUUUUUUUUUUUUUAAAUGUGUAUAUGGGUUUUGCAAAUGCACUUGAUAAUACUGUUCUUUGUAUCCUAAAAUAACAACUGACUGUUGUUGUUACGUAAUUACCUAAUUCUAUAUGUAUUACUUUGUAGUUUUGAAAUAUAUAGUAUUGUUCUAGAAUGUGGAAAAAUAAAUUCA